GGAACUUGUACUGAAAAGGAACAGGGUAAACUGGGAUCAGCCACUCAGAAGUUUAGAAUGAAGUUUAUUCUACUAAUACUGGUCCUGCAAGUCACAGCUUCUGGAGCUGUUCCCCUGACUACCUAUAAGAGCCCUGAAGAAAAUGACGUAGUAUUUGCUCAAAGGUACUUGGCAAACUUUUAUGACCUUGAGAUGGAGAAAAUUCCAAUGACAAGGAUGAAAGACAAUAGUAACGACAUGGAGAAUAAAAUUCAGGAAAUGCAGCAGUUCUUCAGGCUACAAGUGACUGGGAAACUGGACACACCUACUCUGGACGUGAUGCACACACCUCGAUGCGGAGUGCCUGAUGUCCACCAUUUCAAGAGAGUAUCAGGGGGGCCAGUGUGGAAGAAACGUUUUAUCACCUACAGAAUCAAUAAUUACACUCCUGACAUGAAGCGUGAAGAUGUUGACUAUUCCAUCCAGAAAGCUUUUCAAGUAUGGAGCAAUGUGACACCCCUGAAAUUCAAAAGAAUUUAUGCUGGCAUUGCUGACAUUAUGAUACGUUUUGCACUUGGAGCUCAUGGAGACUCAAGUCCUUUUGAUGGCAGAGGAGGAGUCAUAGCCCACGCUUACGGGCCUGGACCAGGCAUUGGAGGGGACGCACAUUUUGAUGAGGCUGAAAUCUGGACUAAAUACUACAAAGGCACAAACUUGUUCCUAGUUGCUGUUCACGAACUUGGCCAUUCCUUGGGUCUUGGCCAUUCCAAUGACCCAAAAGCCAUAAUGUUCCCUACCUACCGUUACGUUAACCCCAACACAUUUCGCCUCUCUGCGGAUGACGUACGUGGCAUUCAGUCUCUCUAUGGGCAUCCAGUAAAGAACCAACCCUUGUCAAAUCCUGACAAUACAGAAUCAACUACCUGUGACUCCAGUUUGAGUUUUGAUGCUGUCACUACAGUAGGAAAUAAAAUAUAUUUUUUUAAAGACAGGUUCGUCUGGUGGAAGAUUCCAGAGAGUCCAAAGAGCAAUGUUAGUCUAAUUUCUUCCUUGUGGCCAACAUUACCAUCUGGCAUUCAAGCUGCUUAUGAAAUUAGAGCCAGAAAUAAAGUUUUUGUUUUUAAAGAUGAUAAGUACUGGUUAAUCAGCGAUUUAAGACCACAGCCCAAGUAUCCCAAGAGCAUACAUUCUCUGGGCUUUCCUGACUUUGUGAAAAAAAUUGAUGCAGCUGUUUUUAACCCACUUCACUAUAAGACCUACUUCUUUGUAGAUAAUCAAUAUUGGAGGUAUGAUGAAAAGAAACAAUUAAUGGACCCUGGUUAUCCUAAACUGAUUACCACACACUUGCCAGAAACUGGGCCUAAAAUUGAUGCAGCCUUCUAUUAUAACAGACACUACUAUUUCUUCCAAGGAUCGAACAUACUUGAAUAUGAUGCCGCAUCCCUUCAUGUCACCAGAAGGCUGAAAAGCAGUAUCAUGUUAGGUUGUUAGGAAUGGAAUAACAAGUGCUGUUUGUUAAAUCACUUCGGUUUAAUAAGUAUUUAUUACAUACUUGCUAUAUGCCCAGUGUACCGUUACAUAGAUGUAUCAUAAAAUCUAUAAGCUAUAGAUGAAUGAUUCUAUAGAUAAAUGAUUAUCCAAAACAUGUAAGACUUUGCAAUUUUGGAAAUCAUCAUUUUUACUUGAUUCAAUAAUUAAGUUUGAAAAUGGAUUCCUUCAAAGGCCAAGAGAACAUCUUGGUUCCUAACAUCCUUGGACUGAGGAAUUAUAAUUACUUCUCUGGCUUAGUCAAAAUUAAGAACCAAUAAGUGUCUUUGACCAUUAAAUGUUUCAACAAGGGUAUCACUAAUUCUUUUGGAGUAAAAACAGAAUAUAUCUAGAACUUUAAAAAUUAUAAUUAAUGUGAGUAAUAUGUAAGUAAAUUAUAUAAUCAUGGUGGUAAUUUUAUUCUAUUGUCAGUUUUGACAUAUUUAAAAAGUACAUAUAUGUAUUU